AUUCUUUUUAUGCUGGCGCAGUUGGGAGUAAGACUACAGACUAAAAUUCCGACAAAGCUUCAAGCAACUGUUCACUGUGUCUACACCACUGAGUACGUUCUCGCAAGUCAGCGACUAAAUAGUGUUCGUUCGAUCAUCGACUCCGAGUUCUUCAACUCUAAAAGUGUAGUGGAGGCAAACGGCCAAACCUAAUCACUCGACCGGCGACCCAAAUUCGGCAACACCGUCUUUCUGUAUCGCCGAACCAACAAGCAUGGACCAGGAUGCUUUCAGGCGUUUGCUUCACGGUUCGCCAAGUACUCCCAAGCAAUCAACCCCCAUUGCUGCAGACAGGCCAAACAAGAAGGCCGUGUCCGCGAAACCAUCAGAACCAGCUUUCAAGCCCAGGAAGAAAUACCGAGACCGCGCGUCGGAGAGGCGAGCCGGCGUUUCGAAUGAUUACGCUGAAGCCGAAGCCAUAUUAGAAGACUUCGAAAAGCGGGCCUCGCGUGAGGGGAAAGACGUUAUCGAAGAGCAACGUAAAUACUUGGGGGGAGAUAGCCAGCACACUAUACUGGUGAAAGGCUUGGAUGUGUCUCUUCUGGAGCAAAAUAAAGCCCGAGCAGCAGCAUCCACCGAGGAGGACGAUGUACUGGAACAGGCUUUUGUAGAGGCCACCGGCCAAGUGACAGAACCAGUGACCGAGUCAAAGAAGCGAACACGGGAGGAGAUCAUCCGCGAACUUCAAAGCCAAGCGACAGAAUGUUCCAGCGUCAAAACGAUUGAAGAAGAGAGAUUGGCUCUUGAGGCAGCCAAACAGUCGGGCAAGUUUAAACCAAUAGGGUUCAAGCCCAUCGGACAAGAGGAGAAGCCGAAAAAGAGAAAAGUAAAAAGCGACAAAAAUGGAGAAAAGAAGAAAAGACGGAAAACUGGACAAGAACCAGAUGCGGUCGCGGACAAACCUCCGAGCGCAGAAGAAAGGCCCAAGUUGCCCCAGGAACCAGAGCCAGAGCCACUUGACGAGGAUUUCGACAUCUUCGCUGGCGCCGGCGACUAUCAGGGUAUUCCCGAUGAUGACGAGGAUAGUGAAGGCAAUGGCGACGUUACAACUCACUCCGCCGAUUUAACUUCGAAACCCCCUGAAGAACUGUCCCGUCCGGCGCAACCUGUCAGAGGAGGGUGGUUCGGCGACGCCGAGCACGAACCUACACCGCCUCCGGCUAUGCAUGCGUCCGUGCCCAAGUCUCCGCCAGAAGAGAAGGUCGAGGAAGAAGAGGAAGGGGGGCGGCUCAAGGGUUUCGAAUCAUCUGCUCUACCCUCUAUACAGGCGGCAGACAAGGCAGAGAAACGGAGGGCGCGCAAAGAGAAGAAGAAAAAGAAAAAGAAGGGCGGAGACGACGACGACUGA